AUGUUCCCAACGCUGGACAGGAGCAAAGAGUGGCAACACAUCUGCCUGACGUGGGAGUCGAAGUAUGGGCGCAGCGAGGUGUGGGUGAACGGGAGAAGGUACGCCAACAGGGUUUAUAGCAAGGGACACAAGGUGCGACCAGGAGGCAUCGCCAUGCUCGGCCAGGACCAAGACUCCCUUGGGCACGACUUCGACGGCUCGCAAAGCUUUGUGGGAAAAAUCAAAGACCUGAACAUGUGGAAUAAAGUUCUGUCACUCAAGACUUUGCGGUCAAUGUUCAGAGGAAAGGAGAAGACCAAAGGGAACGUCUUCGACUGGAGCCAGCUGACGUUCUCUAAGAAAGGCAACGUGCAAAUCGUGGAGGCCGUCUGA